AACUCCAGAGAAUUACGAAGUCGUUGCAAAACUUUUAACAAAAACAAGAGCCUUAAGAGGCCUCCUUGAGGCCCACGUUGGCCCGCUCGUACUGGGGUGCCUGUGACGCUUUAGGGAAUGGUGGGACGCAGUCGAGACCCGUACUUAGCUUGGGAAGAAUUAAAACUUGUGAUUCGUGUUGUUCGCCAAAGCCCUUCCAGCCCACGUAGGAAGGAAAUCGAGGCCAAGCGAGUUAGCAGCUGUGGGAGGGAGCCUUUGCCCCCGCGGACAGCUUUCCAGUGAAUGAACUGGUAGAGGUUGCGUGGGGAGGGACUCAGGAUGCCAGAGCCUUUCAGGACGGCGGUGUGGGAGCUCAGGAGCCCUCCGUAUGGAGGGCGAGGGUGUGCAGUGGAAUGAAUUCUCAAUUAUGAAUGAUAGAAGGUCACAAAACUAAGAAACGUGAGGAGUUCCAGGUUGGAAGAAAUUUAGAAUAUUUGAAUUGACUUAAACUUUCCACUGCAGGUGACUAGCAUGCAGACACCUGUUCUCUGACUGGCUGCCCCUUUACUGACAUGGCCCACCGGGGUGUGGAGAGGGACUUCCAGACUUCAGCCCGCCGGAUGGGCACCUCUCUGCUGUUCCAGCUUUCAGUGCACGAGCGGGAGCUGGAUCUGGUUUUCCUGGAUCAUAGCUAUGCCAAGCCAUGGAGUGCCCACCCAGAUGCCAGUAGUGCUCGGCCAACCCGCAUGCUCUUUGUUACUCCCCGGAGGCAGCAUGAAAGUACCAUUGAAUCAGACGUCCCUAUAGAUGUGGAGACAGUUACAUCAACCCCCAUGCCCCUCUACGACAAUCAGAAGGCACGCAGCGUGAUGAACGAGUGUGAACGGCAUGUCAUCUUUGCCAGGACUGAUGCAGAUGCCCCUCCCCCACCAGAGGACUGGGAGGAGCAUGUCAAUAGAACGGGCUGGACAAUGGCUCAGAACAAGCUAUUCAACAAGAUCCUUAAAGCGCUGCAGUCUGACCGGCUUGCCCGCUUGGCCAACGAAGGGGCUUGCAAUGAGCCAGUGCUACGCCGCGUUGCUGUGGACAAGUGUGCAAGGAGAGUGCGGCAGGCCUUGGCAAGUGUGAGCUGGGAUACCAAGCUGAUUCAGUGGCUACACACCACCCUGGUGGAGACCUUGAGUCUGCCCAUGCUGGCGGCCUACCUGGAUGCUUUGCAGACGCUCAAAGGGAAGAUCCCUACCUUGAUUGACCGGAUGCUUGUGUCAUCCAACACAAAGACCGGGGCUGCAGGAGCUGAGGCCUUGUCCCUCCUGCUGAAGAGGCCCUGGGAUCCUGCUGUGGGGGUGCUUUCUCAUAACAAACCAAGCAAACUCCCUGGCUCUCCACUCAUUCUCAUUGCCUCCUCCGGGCCCUCCAGCUCUGCGUUUCCCACCUCACGCCGCCACCGCUUCUGGCAGUCUCAGCUCUCCUGCUUAGGCAAGGUCAUCCCUGUAGCCACUCAUCUGCUGAACAAUGGAAGUGGGGUAGGAGUUCUGCAGUGUCUUGAGCAUAUGAUUGGGGCAGUGAGAAGCAAAGUGCUAGAGAUUCACAGCCAUUUCCCCCACAAGCCCAUUAUCUUGAUUGGCUGGAAUACAGGAGCUCUGGUGGCCUGUCAUGUGUCGGUGAUGGAGUACGUCACAGCGGUUGUCUGCCUUGGGUUCCCCCUGCUUACCGUGGAUGGCCCCCGAGGGGAUGUGGAUGAUCCGCUCUUGGAUAUGAAGACUCCAGUCCUCUUUGUCAUUGGUCAGAAUUCCCUGCAAUGUCAUCCUGAAGCCAUGGAGGACUUCCGGGAGAAGAUUCGGGCUGAGAACAGUUUGGUGGUGGUUGGGGGAGCUGACGAUAAUCUCAGGAUAAGCAAAGCAAAGAAGAAAUCGGAAGGGUUGACUCAGAGCAUGGUGGACAGGUGCAUCCAGGAUGAAAUCGUGGACUUUCUGACUGGCGUGCUCACUCGUACUGAGGGGCAUGUAGGCGCUGAGCCUCGGGACCAGGAUGCUGAGAAGAAGAAGAAGCCCCGGGAUGUGGCCCGCAGAGACCUGACCUUUGAGGUCCCCGAAAGGGGCAGUCGACCCACCUCGCCAGCUGCCAGGCUGCCUGCCUCCCCUUCAGGCUCCGAGGAUCUCUCCAGUGUGUCCAGCAGUCCCACCUCCAGUCCUAAGACCAAAAUUACCACAGUGGCCUCGGCCCAGAAGUCCAGUCAGAUUGGGAGCUCUCAGUUGCUGAAGAGACAUGUGCAGCGGACAGAAGCUGUGCUGACCCACAGACAAGCCCAAGCACAGUUUGCUGCUUUUCUGAAACAAAAUAUGCUGGUGAGGAAAGCUCUUCCUCCUGGCACCUCCUCCUGUCUCUUUGUUCCCAUUUCAUCAGAACAAACGGAGGAAGCAGAGAAAGAGGACCUUAGGGUCCAGCUGAAGAGGCAUCAUCCCUCCAGUCCUCUGUCUGGCAGUAAAACCUCCAAGCGACCCAAGAUCAAGGUGUCCCUCAUCUCCCAAGGGGACCCAGCUGGAGGACCUUGUACUCCUUCCCAAGGAGGAGUGCCGGAAGCCAUGGGCGGGAAGCCCAUCACAAUGACCCUGGGGCAGGCGUCGGGGCCCAAGGAGCUCACAGGGCUGCUCACCACAACCAAGUCCAGUGCUUCUGAAGGAGGUGUGUUAGCCAGCCCAGCCUCCUCCAUGGUCUCCAGCAGCGCCGCACCCAGUCCCUUGCACACACUCCAGAGCCGCCUGGUGGCCACCUCCUCUAGCAGCUCCCUCCCAGGCGCCACAUCAGCCAGCAGCCUCCUCCAAGGCCUCAGCUUCAGCUUGCAGGAUAUCAGCAGCAAGAACUCUGGCCUCCCAGCAAAUUCCUCCCCAGGACCAUCUCCACAGGCCACCAGUGUGAAGUUGCCUACCCCCAUACAGAACCUGGGUGCCAUCACCACGGGCACCAGCACCAUUGUCCGUACCAUUCCUGUGGCCACCACUCUCUCCUCCUUGGGUGCCACUCCUGGUGGGAAGCCCACAGCCAUCCACCAGCUGCUGACCAAUGGGGGCCUCGCCAAGUUGGCAAGCAGCCUCCCUGGCCUGGCUCAGAUCUCUAACCACGCAUCAGGCUUAAAAGUCCCCACCACCAUUACUCUGACCCUACGAGGACAACCAAGCCGAAUCACCACGUUGAGCCCCAUGGGCCCAGGAGCAGCCCCAUCUGAGGAGCCCACCUCCCAGGUGCUGCCCUCCAACUCACAGCGCCUGCCUCCAGCUCCCUGAAGACGCCACGUGACGGUUCUCCUUUCCCAGGUUGGUGAUGGCUGCUGCAGUGAGCCCUGGACAUGUAUGCUGUCCUGCUGAGCUGUCCACGUGUCUGAAGACCUCUUUAAGACACUCAUUUUUGCCUCUCUGCCAGUUGUCUUCGGGGUUGGGCCUCUGGGUCCUGUGAAACUGUUAAGCUAAGUGCUAUGGUGCCAGCAAGGGGGAAGCAUCGUCCUCCAGCAUCUACAGGUCUGGUGCCCAGAAUCCACAGGCUCCGCAGCAGGUCUGGCUGUUCACGAAUCACUAGCUGUGACUUGCCCCAAGUUGCAGUGUUGGACCACUCGCUGCAUUUCAUAAAGGAGCUCCUUUUGGAAGUCUGUGCUGCCCCAUGCCAAGUUUGGAGGAGACGUCCACGUGGUCCAGGGCUGUAGGGGUUCAGAUGGAGAACCCUUUCCUGAUGACCAGGGUCAUCCUGGCCCACUGGCAGGCUGGUCAGUAUUAAAAGGGCUUGGUUUGGACAUUGCUGCUGCCUUCCUUGAGUAGCAGGGAGAGUGCUCGCUGUGCAGCUCCCUCUUAACCACAUCAGUAGCUGCUGAGUCGGAAAUUCCUACCUUCAGACCCAUGAGAGGGCAGAGAGAGCUGGGCUGUCAUCUCAGUCCCUUUUGCCACUGCACAUGUGGAGAACAGCAGUUGCUAGGAGAUGAAAGUUGGCCCUUUCUUUUUUUUAUCAUGGUCUGUGCAGUUCCUGUAUGCAGAAAGCCUGUGGGCCCUGUUUGAAGAAGACCAAUGAACAGCAAAAGAAGUAGCUUCAAGGACAGGUCAAUAAGUCCUAUGAGUUGGGCUUGAGGCUUUGCCUCUAGUACCUAAGGAACUGCUGAUUCAAGUGGAGAUGAGAAAAAUUUGCACAGCCGGGGGGAAGAAAGCCCCACCCCCCGAAUCUCUCUCUCCGGUGUUUGGAGGUGAACCGGAUAACCAGCUAAGAACAUCCGGGCCGUCCCAAGAAGCUUAGGCAUCAAGACUAUGAAGGCUAUGCUUCAGUGUUUCUGUUUCUAUCCAUGCGACUUGCCUUGUUGCUUAGAAGUGGGGAAAUCACUGGCGCUGGCACCGCUGCGCAGGGCUCUUGGUGCCAGCCUGAGCCUGGGAGGUGGAGGUUCCUGGAGAAGUAGCCGCCGAAGAUGGAGCUCGGAGUCCCUCCUUCCCUCCUCACAAUACUUGUGUGCGAAGGUAGUUUUAGAUUUGGCUUAGAACGUGUCGUCCACACCAGCCUCCCUUCCCUUCCAUACUCUAGAAUGUUCCCAGCUACGGCGAUAAGUCAGGCAACCCAGUGGGACUCCAUUCAGUAACUAGGAAGGGAGGGCCCGCAGCAUGCCAUGGCCGGAACUGUGGCCAGGGUCCUGACCCCUGUGCAGUGUAUAUUCAAACCAGGCCACCUGCGUUCAAUUCAGGAGUGUCACCUUCCAGUCUGAGUGGCAGCCAGGAGGGGUGCACAGCAUGCUGGAGUCUCAGAUGAGACAGGUCUGGGGUGUGUGUGAUAGGAGUGCAGGGGGCAUCUUAAGCAUCACCCUCCCUCCCUGCCUCCUGCAAAGCUGGUCUCAGUGGUGAGACCACAGAAUUACGCUGUAUUCUUGCAUCAGCUGGUGGGUAACUGCUUUCUGAAAUUCAGCAGGCAUUUAGUAAAUUUGAAUAAAAUAUGAAAUCUGAAAGAGGCAUCCAUGGGUUAGGGGGUUGAUAACUUUACAGGUAGAAUAAUAAUAUACCCACAGAACCUGAGAAUAGGACUGUGUGCAACUGAAGCUUUUAGGAAUCAUUUAGGACAGGCAGAGGGUCCUGAACAGGGUCAUGACUUAGGAGUGCAGCCUAGACAGGGCUGCUCCUGAAAGUUGCUGGCUCGGUAUGUGCGGGGACCAGAGGGACAACUAACGCAUCUCCUACUUUCGUGUAAAUCCUAGUGCGUUUCCCAUGGAUGACUUCCUGAGGCUUGAGUUGUACACCCUGAGGAAUGCCAGACUGGAGAAGGGCGUUGUGACAUGGAUUCUUCUUCACCUCGGAGGGGCAGGCUCAGGGGAGAAGUCCUUGAAGCCCAUAGAGUCACGUUCCCCACUUCCACGUUUUCUCCAACCACUCUGCUUGAAAUGUGAAAGGAAGCUUUCCUCCGCCCUCACAUAGACCUGGAGUCUAUAACCUCACAUGGGGACACUACUGGCCAAAGUGUGGAAGGAGCAAGGCUUCAGCUAACGUCCUAGGAGACAGGUGCAUGUUGGUGCCCUGUGGGAGAGGUCCUCAUGCUUCAAGGAGAUGGAGGAAGACCUGUCUGUUCUUGAUCCCAGCACAAAACAGUCUUGGGCAGGAUGGGUUACAGACUGAGCCUCUGUGAUGGUUCUGUUCUUACAUUAGCAAAAACAAAUAAAAACAACUUUGCAUUGUUCCAACUUGUUUUCAGUUGACUUACCGUGUCUAUCCUGGUAGCCACCUGGUGGAGUGGCUCAGGAAACAAGCUGAGAUACUGUGGUAAUGCCCGUGUUUAUCUCACUGACGCCGGGUGCCACGAGGGAGCUACUGUAAUUCCCUUUACAGGUGAGGAGAUGGAGGCACAGAGAAGUCACACAAUAGAAAGCGGAAGAAGCAGGACUAGAACCCAGGCAGCCU